CACAGCCCUUGGAGUUCAGAGGCCUCUGCUGACCUCUGCCCAACCUCUCUCUCUGCACCCAAGCCCCCACUGGUAUAUACAGGCAGAGGCAGGCAAGUCAGGCAAGGACUAGGAAAGAGGAGAGGGGGCUGGAGACAGGCUGCCAGAGGGCUCAGAAGCCCAGUGCACCUCCCUGUCCCAACUCUGUCCACAUGCUGCUGUGGCCACAUUAACAGAAGAGAUAGCUAGUAAGACAGGAAGUGAGGCCCAGUACCUUGUGGACAGUGGUGUCAUUAGCUGCAACACCUAAGAUGUCUCGAGAGAUGGGAGAGCUCACCCAAACCAGGUUGCAGAAGAUCUGGAUUCCACACAGCAGUGGCAGCAGCCGGCUACAGCGGAGGAGGGGCUCAUCAAUACCCCAGUUUACCAAUUCCCCCACAAUGGUGAUCAUGGUGGGUUUACCAGCUCGAGGAAAGACCUACAUCUCCACGAAGCUCACAAGAUAUCUCAACUGGAUAGGAACACCAACUAAAGUGUUUAAUUUAGGCCAGUACCGACGAGAGGCAGUGAGCUACAAGAACUAUGAAUUUUUUCUUCCAGACAACAUGGAGGCCCUACAUAUCAGGAAGCAGUGUGCCCUGGCAGCCCUGAAGGAUGUCCAUGACUAUCUCAGCCAUGAGGAAGGUCAUGUUGCGGUUUUUGAUGCCACCAACACUACCAGAGAACGACGGUCACUAAUUCUGCAGUUUGCUAAGGAACAUGGUUACAAGGUCUUUUUCAUUGAGUCCAUCUGUAAUGACCCUGGCAUUAUUGCAGAAAACAUCAGGCAAGUAAAACUUGGCAGCCCUGAUUACACAGACUGUGACCGGGAAAAGGUUCUGGAAGACUUUCUAAAGAGAAUUGAAUGCUAUGAGGUCAACUACCAACCCUUGGAUGAUGAACUGGACAGCCACCUAUCCUACAUCAAGAUCUUCGAUGUGGGCACACGCUACAUGGUGAACCGAGUGCAGGACCACAUCCAGAGCCGCACAGUCUACUAUCUCAUGAACAUCCACGUCACACCCCGCUCCAUCUAUCUGUGCCGGCAUGGUGAGAGUGAACUCAACCUCAGAGGCCGCAUCGGAGGUGACUCUGGUCUCUCAGCUCGGGGCAAGCAGUAUGCCUAUGCCCUGGCUAACUUCAUUCAGUCCCAGGGCAUCAGCUCCCUGAAGGUGUGGACCAGCCACAUGAAGAGGACUAUCCAGACAGCUGAGGCCCUGGGUGUUCCCUACGAGCAGUGGAAGGCCCUGAAUGAAAUUGAUGCGGGUGUCUGUGAGGAGAUGACCUAUGAAGAAAUCCAGGAACACUAUCCUGAAGAAUUUGCACUACGGGACCAAGAUAAAUAUCGCUACCGCUAUCCCAAGGGAGAGUCCUAUGAGGAUCUGGUUCAGCGUCUGGAGCCAGUUAUAAUGGAGCUAGAACGGCAGGAAAAUGUACUGGUGAUCUGCCAUCAGGCUGUCAUGCGCUGCCUCCUGGCCUACUUCCUGGAUAAGAAUUCAGAUGAGCUGCCAUAUCUCAAGUGUCCUUUGCACACAGUGCUUAAACUCACGCCUGUGGCUUAUGGCUGCAAAGUGGAGGCCAUCUACCUGAACGUGGAAGCCGUAAACACACAUCGGGAGAAACCUGAGAAUGUGGACAUCACCCGAGAACCUGAGGAAGCUCUGGACACUGUCCCUGCCCACUACUGAGCCCUUUCCAAGAAAUCGAACUGCCUUUGCUCUCACUGUCUCCCACUUUUAAGAGCUGCUAUCCUUGCACUUCUCCUACCUUAAGACCCUGGACUUGGCCUACAGGUCUUGAUUUCUAGCUACAACCAAGGAGCUGUCUAGCUGUGAAUGAAACUUUCUUAAUUGCUAAACCCUUAUCAAUAAAGAUUUUUCUUGCUGCCUACAAAA